CCUCCAUCAACGCUGCUGGUCUCGUUCAUAUCCACUUCCAGCCAGCACUUCUUUUUCGCUCUUGACCACCAGAGGCCUGUACAAAGAGCCCUCACGCUGGUCUUGGAGGAAGUUUCUCUUUCCCUACCUGAAUUUCCAUUCUUCCUUCGUUCCGUUUCCCCUCGUCAUUAUGGCCGGCAAUUACGAUUCUUGGGAAGAUGCUCCAGAUGAGGAUCUCUCUAAGCAGACCCAACAGAACCUCAAUAUAAGCGCAAAUUCAUUUCGGCCCGGUGCCUCUUCAUUCCAGCCUGGUGCCUCGUCCUUUCAGCCCGGCCAGCAGUACGCUGGGAACAAUUUUCAACAGUAUGGUGGCGGCUAUAGCCAACAGCAGGGUUUCAAUCAAUACGGCCAGUAUCAACAACAAGGCUACGGUCAACAAUAUCCUCAGUACGGCCAACAGCAAGGCUACAAUCAGGCUCAAGCCAGUGGUCAGUUCGCUGCAUACAAUCAGACACCCGGAGGCUUUCAGCCACGACAAGGCGCACCUGUGAGCAUUGCCAGACGACAAGAUGCCCAGGCCCCCCCAGCACCACAGACUUUUGUCAAGCCAACUCCUGCUCCAUCUGCAGCGGCAGCUCCUCCUGCCUCUGUCUCUGCCUCAGCCGCAACCGAGUCUACCGCCAAACCCCAGCCAGCUGCUGCACCUCCCAAAGCAAAAGUCCUCUCCAUUGGCGUUCCCACCUCCACUUCUGCUGCGUCUAAGAAGCCAGCAUCCCCUACCACAAAAGAUGCACCCAAGGUAGAAGCCGGAUCUAAAGUAGCGGCAGCAAAGGCCGUGGAGAAGACUGGCGAAAAAGUGACAGGCAAAAGUUCUCCAGCCCCUUCGUCUGGGAAAUCAUCUCCUACACCUGGUGACGCCAAAAAGGGUCAAACAGCCGAAGAGGUCGCUGCGUCACAGACUGCAGAUGUAGAUGCAGAUGUUCUGGCAGAAAUGUACGGCAAAGAGCAUGUCAACAUUAUCUUCAUCGGCCACGUCGAUGCCGGAAAGUCUACACUUGGUGGCCAGGUCCUUAUUCAGACGGGUAUGGUUGAUGAACGUAUUCUUGACAAAUACAAGAGAGAUGCCAAAGAUGCAGGUCGAGAAUCGUGGUACAUAUCGUGGGUGCUUGAUCUCAACAAAGAGGAAAGAGCUAAGGGCAAAACCGUUGAGGUCGGGCGUGGGUUUUUCGAAACCGAGAAACGAAGGUACACCAUUCUCGAUGCGCCCGGCCACAAGACCUACGUCCCGAACAUGCUGAGUGGAGCUGCACAAGCUGAUGUCGCCAUUCUCGUCAUUUCAGCCCGUAAGGGUGAAUUCGAAACGGGUUUCGAAAAGGGUGGUCAGACUCAGGAACACGCAAUGCUGAUCAAGACGACUGGCGCCAAAGAACUAGUCGUUGCCGUCAACAAAAUGGAUGAUAUCACUGUUGAAUGGUCGAAAGACAGGUAUGAUGAGAUUGUCAACAAGCUCAAGCCAUAUCUCAAGAAACGUAUCGGCUUGGACUCGACCUUCCUGCCCAUAUCUGCCCAGACUGGAAUAGGCGUCAAGGAUCGCAUUCCAUCUUCGGUGGCGAACUGGUACAAGGGUCCCUCACUACUCGAGUUCCUGGACAACAUGGCCAAAAUUCAACGAAAUGUCAAUGCUCCCUUCAUGAUGCCCGUGGGCGCCAAAUACCGAGAUAUGGGUACUAUGAUUGAAGGCAGAAUUGAAGCCGGCGUGGUCCAGAAAUCCUCCAACUACAUCAUGAUGCCCAACCGAGAAGAAGUCGGCAUCUCGGCUCUUUACGGAGAAACAGAAGAUGAAAUCCCUCAUGCCAUGGUCGGCGACCAAGUCCGUCUGCGCCUGCGUGGCAUUGAAGAGGAAGACGUCCUACCCGGAUUCGUGUUGUGUUCACCUAAACGGCUGGUCCAUUGUGUGCGGGAGUUUGAAGCACAGAUCAACAUUGUCGAGCUCAAAUCGAUUCUUUCAGCUGGCUUCAACUGUGUCAUCCACGUCCACGCAGCGACAGAAGAAGUGACGUUUGCCAGUCUGUUACACAAACUUGAGCCGCGAACCGGGCGAAAGAGCAAGAAGCCACCAGCGUUUGCUGCCAAGGGACAGAACAUCAUCGCCAGAUUGCAGGUCACUAGCAGUGCUGGGAAGGUCUGCGUCGAGAGAUUCGAAGAUUACCCUCAACUGGGACGUUUCACGUUGAGAGAUCAGGGACAGACUAUUGCCGUAGGCAAGAUCACCAAAUUGAUCUUGGACGAUGAGUAAAUCUGUUUGUUGUCUUGCAUUGGCUGAAACGAGAAAUACUCAAUCAAUGCUUUUGCUCGGUUCUCACAGCGCGUUGCUCAUCGUUAGGGCUCGAUCUGCUCAAGCAGACAGUCGUGCCUACUAGGGGUAAAGGACAAGGGCGAGGACGUGGCAUCGCAUGCAUUGACACCACUUAAGUACCAUGUGAGCGACAGUCAUGAUGCUAAAUGACCAUGACGUAGGGGAGUCGAUGAGAGCAAAUGUGAUAGAUAGGUAGAAAUGAAAACCAAGACAUGAAAUGUCAAAAACUCAUUUUGACAUGAGAAUACGAAACGAAUUCAAA